AACGGUAAUGCGUCAGCCAGAACAGCAAGCUGCUGUCAUUGAACAGGAUCAGCUGCUGGACAUAAGCAGCUUGCUAUGCAGCAGCAGCAACGAAGAGCUGCAGCUGUUUGAGCCACUAAGCGAAUUGCCUGAAGAGAUUAGCAGCGAUAGCAACAACGCAGUCAACUUGCAGCCAACUGAACCAACGCUCAAGGCGCGUCAGCGUCAGUGUCGUCAAUUGUCCAAGUCAAAUAUAUGCGAUGUAUGCGGACGCAGCUUCAGCGAGUCCUACAAUCUGCGCAUACACAAGAUGACGCACACGGACGAGCGACCGCAUGUGUGCAGCGUAUGCGGCAAAGGAUUUCGCCAGCAGAACAAGCUGCGCAUCCAUGCAGUCACCCAUACCAAUGAGCGGCCACAUAUCUGUGACAUAUGCGGCAAGGGCUAUCGCUUUGCCAACUAUUUGGCCGUCCAUCGACGGCUGCAUACGGGCGAGAAGCCCUACGCCUGCACUGUGGCCCAGUGCGGCUACAGCUUUCACUCCGUCCAUGCGCGUCGCAUGCAUCAGAAGCUGCAGCAUCCGUGCAGCGAAGCGCUGACUGCAAGUGCAACGGAUACGAGCACACUGAGCUACACCUGCAGCCUUUGCGGACGCGUGCUGAGCGAUCAGUGUUAUCUGAACACGCAUAUGAAGCGUCACUAUAAUCAGCGUGAUUUUCCCUGCAUGCAUCCGCAGUGCGGCAAACGUUUCUUCAGCUCCUCGGAGCUGAAUCAUCAUCAGAUUGCGCAUACGCGACUUCGCACGCAUUGCUGUCGCUUCUGCAGUGCGCGCUUUUUACGCAAAUCCAAUUACAAGCAGCACUUGAAGCUGCAUCAGCAACAGGCUUAAGUUGUAGGUUUUGUUUAAAAUAUAAGGUUUAUUUAAAAAUACGUUUUAUACAUAUAA